GAGGAGGGCACGGGGGAUGCAGAGGCAGGUGCACGGCAGCCGGACUCCCUCCCGGAGGAGCCCCAAAAGAUGAGUAAUGCCACACGUGCUGUGCCCUCUCCCGUGGCACCUGGCACGCUGGGGCCUGGCACAUCAGCCAGGCUGGCCUCAGCCCCACCAUUCUCAGCUGUUGCCCUGCUUACGGCUGCCCACAACAACUCCCAGGACGACCAGCAGCUUUUCCUGACCACGACAGCAGCACAGGCCAUCUCUGGCAUCUUCGUGUGGUCAGCACUCAUCGUCACCUUCCACCAGAUCUACACGCACCUGAGGAACUACACCAUCCCCAAGGAGCAGCGCUACAUCAUCCGCAUCCUCUUCAUUGUGCCUGUCUAUGCCUUUGACUCGUGGCUCAGCCUCCUCCUGCUCGGCAGCCACCAGUACUACGUCUACUUCGACUCGGUGCGUGACUGCUAUGAAGCUUUUGUGAUUUACAGCUUCCUGAGCCUGUGCUUCGAGUACCUUGGAGGGGAGAGCACCAUCAUGACAGAGAUCCGAGGGAAGCCCAUUGCGUCCAGCUGCUUUUAUGGGACCUGCUGCCUUCAGGGUAUGUCCUACUCCAUCGGGUUCCUGCGCUUCUGCAAGCAGGCCACGCUGCAGUUCUGCAUUGUGAAACCCCUCAUGGCAAUCGUCACCAUCAUCCUGCAGGCAUUUGGGAAGUACCACGAUGGAGACUUCAAUGUCCACAGUGGAUACCUCUACAUCACCAUCAUCUACAACUUCUCUGUCAGCCUGGCUCUUUAUGCCCUUUUCCUCUUCUACUUCGCCACCAUGGACUUGCUGCGCCCAUUUGAGCCGGUCCUCAAGUUCAUCACCAUCAAGGCUGUCAUCUUCCUCUCCUUCUGGCAAGGGACACUGCUGGCAAUCCUGGAGAAAUGUGGGGUGAUCCCUGAAGUUCAGAUCAUCGAUGGGAAGGAGGUGGGAGCUGGGACAGUGGCUGCUGGCUACCAGAACUUCAUCAUCUGCAUUGAAAUGUUCUUCGCUUCCAUUGCCCUGCGCUACGCAUUCACCUGCCACGUGUACAGGGAGAAGAAAGAAAACUCAACAGCAAACCUCGCCCCGAUGCAGAGCAUCUCGAGUGGGCUGAAGGAGACCAUCAGCCCCCAGGACAUUGUGCAGGAUGCCAUCCACAACUUCUCACCUGCGUACCAGCAGUACACCCAGCAGUCCAUGCAGGAGGCAGAGCGCAAAGCACCGGGGGAGAACGGGCACGUGGCCACCAAGAUAGAUGGACAGAGCAGCAGGAAGAGCAAAAACAUUGAAAAGAGAAUGCUAAUCCUGUCAGAUGAGGAGCUGUAGGAGGUAUCAGAAGAGACACUGACACUGAAGAGGUUUUAACUCGUGCAGAGGGGAGGUGUCUUGAGGCUGAGACAGCCUGGGCUAAUCAGAAUACUGAGAAGCCAGGAACUCUAUUCAAAAAGCCAGUCUCUCAAAGGGAAGAUGUAAUAAUCCAGAAAAGGUUAAGUCAAA